AAAUUUAUUUAUUUAAAAAUAUUUUAGAUAAAGAUAUUUGAUCUAGGUGCUACAGAAUUAACUGAUAGUGAUGUAUUAAUAAUGGGGACAGAUGGUUUGUGGGAUAUUACUUCAAAUGAGAAAUCAGCAGGAGUUGUACAGAAAUCAUUAGAUCAUUUUCCUGCAAAUGAUAUGCAAAGAUAUAAGUACAGAUACAUAUCAGCAGCACAAGAUUUAGUGAUGCAUUCAAGAGGAAAACUUCGCGAGCGAUAUUGGAGAACAGCUGACAAUACUCCAGCUACAAUAGAUGAUAUCAGUGUAUUUGUUAUACCGCUUCGACCUUAUAUUGAAGAAUAUAAACAUUGGAAAUCAUUACAAGUAUCUCUACCAGAUAGUCAAUAGGAAUCACUUUUUUUUUCAUUCCUCUAGUUCAAAGAAAGAUUCAAGAAGAUAAUUGAUGUUGUACAUUAAAUGAUUUGAGUAGAAGAGACAUUACAUCCUUUAAGUUAAAUCUGAUUUUAUAUACUGUAUUUAACAACUGUUUAACUGAAGUUUCUGAAUUUUGUAAUAUAUUUAUAAAAUUUGUUUAUUUAAAUAUUCAAUAUCAAUAUUUUCAUAAAGAGUAUACU